CUCCUUAGUGUCCCUUAAGCACUUGUAGUUGCUAAACUAAUACAGGGAGGUACAGCAAGUUAAGGUAUGUGGAGAAAAGAAUGUGUUCUGGCCACCUGAUGCAGGAGCGAAGCCUCCUUAGACGGAAAACAGCCCAACACUUCCCAGAUAUCUGGCUUCUGACGAGAGGGUCUCUGCAUGGAAACAGAAGCGUGACACUGGUGUAGUAACAGACACGGCCGGAUACACUUCCUAUUUUGAGAGAGAAAGACACGUCACGCUCACUCUCUCACACUGACACUGACACUCAAACGUGCAGAUCAGGAAGUGAGCCAUCAAGUAGCAGUUCUUCUGAAUUCGGUGCCCUGGGGUGCAGCCUCUGGCUCUAAGAGGACCCACGGUUCGCUGUGGCUAUGACCCCCCCCUGAUUACGGACCCCCUACUCAUCUGGACUCGCGGCUGCGCCAUGGGCACCCGGCUAAAAGAAAAUCCAGAGAGAACCUUCAACUGGUUCUUUGAGGUCUCCUGUCCCAUCGCCAAGGACAAAGAUCCCCUGGUUUUGUUCCAGUUUCCUGAGGACUACAGCGAUGAGGAAUCCAUUCGCAGUCUCCCACGGUUCUGCUUCCCGUACGACAUAGAAAGGGUGAAACCAAGUAUGGUAGUACAACACUUCACCUUUGUACUCACCGAUCUAGAAGGAUGUCAGCGUUUCGGAUUUUGCCGUCAGACUUCUGGGUCUAAGAGCUGUCUCUGCGUCUUGAGUUACCUACCCUGGUUUGAGGUCUUCUACAAACUCCUGAAUAAUCUGGCUGACUAUUUGACUAAAGGACAGACCAAUGAAAUGCGAGAAUUGCUGUCCGCCCUCCACCAACAUCCCGUCCCACAGGCUGACAGCUUUGCCACCCUACAGCUGGUACCGUACUUCAUCGCUCCAGACCCCAAGUGUCUGCCCUCCAUCCCUGAAAGUAGGAACCUGACAGAGUUGGUGGUUUCAGUGGAUGUCAGUAACCUGUUGCAGCUUUAUGCCAGCAUGCUGUUUGAGAGGCGUAUCCUCCUGUACUCCAGCAAGCUGAGCACACUGACGGCUUGCGUCCACGCCUGCAGCUCUGUGCUCUUCCCCAUGUACUGGCAGCACAUUUUCAUUCCUGUUCUUCCUCCACAUCUACUCGACUAUUGCUGUGCUCCCAUGCCCUACCUGAUUGGAGUCCAUUCAAGUCUCUCAGAGGUGCGAAGCUGUGCCUUGGAAGAUGUGGUGAUCCUGAACAUAGACACAAACACCAUGGAGUCUCCCUUUGACGACCUGAGGAGGAUUCCCUCAUACGUGGUGUCUGCUUUGAAGGUGAGUUUGAAGAAGCAGUCUGCAGCCACGGGGACGGGCGUGGCCAGGGCCUUCCUGAGGGCGCAGGCUGAGCUCUUUGGGGGUUACAGAGAGGCCCUGACCAGACCGACGGGGAGUGGACCCAUCGCUUUCUGCACGAAGUCUUUUCUGAACCAUAAAUCCAAAUCCAUGAGGCACUUCCUGGAGAGUGCAGUCCACCUGCAGUUCUUCAAGCAGUUCAUCGAUGCGCGCCUGGACAUGCUGAACCAUGGGAGGGAGCCGGCGGACUUCUUCGAGGAUGAGAUCCUUCAGUGCGCUGCCUCUGCGGCAGGUACUAGGCCAUACCAGCAAUGGGUGGGCAACCUCAAGAUAGGAGGCGGGGCUAUCCUCCACACUGUUAAGUCCAAAGCCAACAUGUGCAAGUCUGCCACAGCUCAGGCCAAGUUCUGUCUGAGGAAUAUCACUGCCAGUAAGGAGGACAGUGAGGCGGCUAUGCUCUACAGGGUGGGGUCCCUUCGCUCCGAACCCCUGGGGUCACAGCUGCACCGCAGGGCCCAGUCUGACUGCCUGCAGAACCGGCUGCCAAUCACACAGCACUUUGGGAAGUCUCGCCCACGUCGCCCAAACCGCAGGAACGUGAGCCCUACGGAGGAGCAAAACCAGCUGGAGCCAGGUGGCACCUGGGGCUGCAGCUGGAAUUCUGCCCUGGAGAAUGGAACACCAGAUGCUCAGCAGAGCGUGACAGAUGGCGCCCAGCCAGACGAUCUGGACAGCGAGCUGGUGCCAGACCCAGAGGAGAUGGACCUCCUGGGGGAGAUCUUUGACACCCUUAGCCUAAGGAGCUCCCAUGAUCGAGGCGUGAUCUAUGCCACCCGCAGCCUAGACCUCUUUGGCCCCGACACAACUGACUUCAUUGCGCGGCGCAAGAUGAUGACCCCAAGCCAGGAGAGUCUGAGCCCCUCCACAGGCAGGAGCGAGAGUUUGCUGAGCUGGGGGCAGGACGGGGACUUAGAGGAGGGGGAGGAAGGUGAAUUGGAGGAGGGGCAGAAUGGGGACUUAGAGGAGGGGCUGGAUAACAGUCCCGGGAAGAUGGGGAAGGAAGAUGAGCUUUCUGAGGGGACAGAAUGGCAGGAUUCUCCUGCGGGGAGUACGGGGGUCGCCUGGGAAACAGGCACCAGCACCGAGUGGUGUGAACCCUGCAGGGGGUGUGAGGAGGGACAGGACUCACUUUCAAAGCCAGAGACUCAUCGAAUGGAAGGCUGUCCCUUAGUGCAGGGAGUGGAGGUGGAGGCCAGCAAAAUCUCUGCAAGGACGCUGGAGCAGCCAGUCCCUCCAAGCCCACAGAGGGAGCCAGCCUCUUCAAGAGCACAGGGGGAGGAACCAAUCACUCCAAAUAUACAGGGGGAGGAGCCAGUGCCUCCAAGCCAACAGAGGGAGCCAGCCUCUUCAAGAGCACAGGGGGAGGAACCAAUCACUCCAAAUAUACAGGGGGAGGAGCCAGUGCCUUCAAGCCCACGGGAAGAGGAGCCAGUCACUUCAAGGGCACAGGGGGAGCCAGUGCUUUUAAAUGUACGGGGAGAGGAGCCAGUCCCUUCGAGCCCACAGGGGGAGGAUCCAGUGUCCCCAAUACCCAAGGUACAGGAAGCAGUGGCUCUGUUCCAGGUAAAGGCCAUGAAAAAGCCAGUUGAUGUGUGGAGAAACACCCGCAAUGCUUCUCCCAAUGGGAGACCAGAGAUGGCAGCCACCCUUGAGGCUGCCGAUGAUAUGGAAGCACCAACCAGGAAUGAGACAGGGACUCUGGGGGAGAGCGAAGGCCUGCCUCUGGUCAAGGUGUCAGAGCUGAAGAAGAGGUUUGAGGCCUGACAUUGUGCCAGUGGCCUGAGCCCAUAACCAAGGCCUGACACCACAACCAGACACUGUCACCGGACAGUAGGCAUUUUCCUGCAGAUUUUCCAGUGUCAUUGGUUAUGUAUAUUGUUAGCGAUAAACCAUUAAGCAUUGGGAAGGGCCUCUGGUUGGCUAUUCCUCUGCAGGGAAUCAUGUAUCAGAAAUGAUCUGCUGGAUCCAGCUCUGCACAAAGCACAAAAAGCAGACAGCUGGGUACCGAUCCUUUGUAAAGCAGGCAUUCUUCACAUAAUAAAAACUUGUUUUUAUCCAGGAAAACAAGUUUUACAGUUCUGACUGACUGUCUGGUAGUUCGUAAAAAUCUCUCACAUCCGGCCGCCAUCUAAUUGGGUCAUACAUACAGUUACUACUCUCAUAAUCUGCCCUUUCUUGCAUAGUUUUGUGCUUCAUGUUUAAUCAAUAAAUGUAUGAAAUUUUCUGUUUACAUGCUUAAUGUUUGAUCACAUUAGAAUGAUUGUUAAAUCAUUUAAUCUUGACCAUAAGUGAAAAACCUGCUUUGAUAUGGUACAUGACAAACUUCCUGUAACAGAUCCUGAAACAGACCCUAUAGGCAUUUUUUAAGGAGCAUUAUGGGAAGGUUUCCUAAAUUAACGAGGCCUGAUAUUGUUUGAAAUAAAAUACACAGAGUAGGAGAAUAAAUAAUAUUCAGAAAUCAUAGAGGUAACAAAAUAGUGAAAACCAACUGUAGUUAUUUAUAUACCUAGUUUACUGAAAAGUUCAGUGAAGUCUUCAAACUCAUUUAAAGACAAAGCAACUAUUAAUUUCAUGGCGCUUCAGGGUUGCGGUGUCAUCACCCACUAUUGAUGCUCCGCAUGGUUUUCACUGAAUCUUGUUUUCUUUCAUGUUUAUCCAUAUGUCAGUAAGUUCUUUUCCUGCCUAAAGCUGACUGGUACUGAUUAGGCCAAGGGCAGUGUCUAAUUUUUCAUACCAUCACACUGUCCAGACCUUAUACUAUAGUAUCCGAUUUUUUUUUAUAUAGUAAUUUCAAAGGCAAAGAUAUUCCAGUAUUUUAAAAUCUUGCUGAUAAAACUCACUGAGCAAAGGGGUGUCAGCACCAGUUUGUCCUACUCUUUCAUGUUCCCUCCUCGUUUGGCCAGCAGGUGUCGCUGGCCAUCCUGUCCUCCCUGUUGUCAGCCUUUGUGUUUUCCCCUGCUCCCUAUCAGAUGUAUGGCUCAAUGAGUUGAGCAUGUGGCUACCUAUUAACCCCUCUGUUGUGUGUUCAAAUCCUACUGCCUCUGUUUUUGGAUUUUGUUCCAUUGGUAUCAGUUUUCCUAGUUCCUGUGAUUCUGUGGUUUGUUUUCUGUUUUGGAUUCUUGCUUUGUGCCUUGCUUGUGUUUUACCUGUCUUUCUUAUUUCUGCAGUUUUAGAUUCUGUUUCUGUGAGUUUUAGUUUCUCUGUGAUCUCCCAGUUUCCUAGUCUUAAUAAUUAGUUUCACCUGUUGCCUGUUUCCUUGCAUCAGUCCUUAUGUGUAUUCCCUGAUUGGUUAAUUGUUUCAUGUUUCACUCCUGCUGUGUCAUUACCCGGUUUAGUUUUUCUCUAUUUAAGUCCCUUCCUUAAUUCCAUUCCCCAGUGAUUCAUUGUAUGAAUUUCUGUAUGCCAGCGAUUGUGUUAUUUGUAUCCUGACCCCUUUGUAAUUAGUCUUUGUUUAUGGCCCUUGUUGUCUGAUUUUUUUUUUGUAGUGUUUUUCUGCAUUUUCAGUUCUGUUAAUAAACUGUUGUUGUACUGUGAGUUGCCAGUGGGUCGUCCACCUGUCAGCCUGCACCAUGCCUUGUUCUUGCGCCAGAACCACCCAGGUCCGUGACAUUAUCCGAUCGUGCACAGGUGCGAUCAGCACUUGGGCUUCAAUACUAUUAUGGCACUGAAUGAGUCACUUACAUUCUAUCAAGUUUAAAAAAAUUCCUUGUCAUUCAGUACCAAAUUUUGAUACCUAUGGAGAAAAUCUCAUCAGCAUUAGUGAAUUAACAUCUGUCUAUGGAGGGUGAACGAGCUGAAAUUCAUACACGGAUUAACACAUUCAUUCAUUAGAUUUGGUAUUUCUGCUCAAUUCAGCUGUGUGCUUUUUUUUUGUGGUACUGAUUGUUUUUUUUCACUGGUGUCACCAUUUAAAGUAACUAUAUGGCCCUGAAACAGAAAGGGUGGGUUCCACUGGACUAUUGAAAAGUGUAUCUAGUUUAAAAAAUUUGGAAAUCUGGUAGCCCAAGGGACCACCAUAUGCAUUCACAAUUUGUAAGUCCCAGAACUUAAAUAUUUUUAUGUUAUGAUACUGUGCUGAGUGUGUAAAAAAAACCAAGGAACUGAAAAAUAAACUGAAGAUUUGUGUUGUAA